AUGAAGUUCACGUUCACUCUCCUCGCUGCCGUCGUCUCCUUGGGCGGGGCCCUCGCCUCCAACGUCAUCGACCUCGACCCGGACAACUUCGACCAAUUCGUCGGCCAAGGCAAGCCCGCACUUGUCGAGUUCUUCGCGCCAUGGUGCGGUCACUGCAAGAACCUCGCGCCCAUAUAUGAAGAGGUCGCCGACGCGUUUGCGCACGCAAAGGACAAGGUCGUCGUUGCGAAGGUCGAUGCGGACGGGAUCGGCAGGCCGCUCGGGCAGAAGUACGGCGUGAAGGGCUUCCCGACGCUGAAGUGGUUCGGCCCCCAAGGUGGAGAGCCGGAGGACUACCAGGGCGGGCGGGAGUUUGAUGACCUGGUGAACCUCAUCACCACGAAGUCCGGUGUGAAGUCCAGCAUCAAGCCUCCCCCGCCCCCGGCAUACGAGGUCCUCGACUACUCGAACUUCGAUGACGCGGUCACUAACUCGGAUAAGAAUGUUCUCGUCUCUUUCACGGCACCGUGGUGCGGUCACUGCAAGCGCCUGAAGCCUACUUGGGAGAAGGUCGCCGAGAUCUUCGCCACAGAGUCGAACUGCGUUGUCGCGAACCUCGACGCCGACGCGGUCCAGAACAAGCCGCUCGCCGAGAAGUACGGCGUCCAGAGCUACCCGACGCUCAAGUUCUUCCCCAAGGGCUCGAAGGGCGAGCCGCUUGACUACGACGGGCCGCGCAGCGAGGAGGCCUUCGUCGACUUCCUGAACGAGAAGUGCGGCACGCACCGCGCGGUCGGCGGUGGCCUCAGUGACCUCGCUGGCCGUCUGCCCGAGUUGGACACGCUCGCGUCGCAGUUCUUCGCUGCGACCGGCGCGGCGCGGGACACGAUCUAUAAGGACGCGACGGCGCUGGCUGCGAGCGUCGGCCCUGCUGCGAGCCACUACGUGCGCGUGAUGGAGAAGGUGGUGAAUGGCAGCGAGGAGUACGUCGAGAAGGAGAGCAAGCGGUUGGCGAGCCUCCUCCAAAAGCGCACGCUCGCGCCCGCGAAGCUCGACGAGCUCAAGAUCAAGGCGAACAUCCUGAGCGCGUUCAAGAAGGUCGAGGAGACCGUCCAGCGCGUGGCGGACGAGCUCUGA